AUGGCUUCAAGUAGUUACUCAGCUCCUCCUCCACUUGUCUUCUCAGGAGAAAAUUAUCCCAAUUUGUCAGUGAAGAUGCAGGCUUAUCUUAAAGUCUAUGAUCUAUGGGAUGUCGUAGAAAUAGGCAAAGAUCCAGCUCCUUUGAGUGACAAUCCCACCCUUGCUCAAAUCAAGCAACAUAGUGAAGAGCGUGCAAAGAAGUUCAAGGCUCCCUUUUGUAUACACUUUGCUGUAUCAGAUGUCAUUUUUACUAAGAUCUUGGCUUGUGGAUCAGCUAAAGAAGUUUGGGAUAAGUUGAAAGAAGAGUAUCAAAGGUGUGAGAAGACUAAAAUGAUGCAAGUUCUCAAUCUAAGAAGGGAAUUUGAAGUUUUGAGGAUGAAGGAUAUUGAAUCUAUUCAAGGGUAUUCUGAUAGGCUCAUGAAAGUUGUAAAUAAAAUUAGAUUGUUGGGAGAGGAGCUUAGUGACAAGAGAGUUGUGCAAAAGGUUUUAGUGAGUUUACCUGAAAGAUUUGAGCCUAAAAUUUCCUCUUUGGAAGACUCCAAAGACUUGAAAACCAUUUCUAUUUUAGAAUUGGUGAAUGCUCUUCAAGCUUUUGAGCAAAGAAGGAUUAUUAGAAUGGAGGAGUCCACUGAAGAAGCUUUUCUUGCCAAACAAAAGGGUAAGCAAUUUGAGGAAGCUAAGAAGAGUGUAAGUGAGUCAACAAACAAAGGCAAGGGACCUGUAAAUAGAAAAAGGGGUGGCAAGAAAUCAAAAUUCCUACCUUGUCCUACUUGCAACAAAACCAAUCAUCUUGAAUAA